UCCUGCCCCGCCGAGCCGCGGCUCUCCGCCGAGCGGAUUUCCCGUCAUUAGUGACCCCUCGGAAAUCGGAUUUCAGAUGCAUGCCAGGUUCCCACUGAAUGCCAGAAGUAAAGAUCUCUACAGAUGGAGCCCCAAAGUCAACAUGGCAGUGGUGGUUCACUAGUGGUGAUUCAGCAGCCCUCCUUGGACAGCCGGCAACGGUUGGACUAUGACAGAGAGAGCCAGCCAACAACCAUCUUGUCACUGGACCAGAUCAAGGCGAUCAGGGGCAGCAACGAAUACACCGAAGGUCCAUCAGUGGUGAAGAAAUCUGGUCCUCGGACAGCACCAAGGCAAGAGAAGCAUGAAAGGACUCAUGAAAUUAUACCAAUUAAUGUGAAUAAUAAUUACGAACACAGACCCAGCCAUGUGGGGCAUGUGGCACAUCAGCAUAACGCGAGGGCUCCUGUCUUGAGCAGAUCCACCAGCACGGGGAGCGCAGCCAGCUCUGGGAGCAACAGCAGUGCUUCCUCAGAGCAGGGUCUGCUGGGACGGUCACCUCCAUCCCGGCCGGGCUCAGGCCACAGAUCCGAUCGGACAAUCCGGACGCAGCCCAAGCAGUCGUCUCUGAUCGUAGAUGAUCUGAAGGGUGCUUUGAAAGAGGACUUGACGCAGCACAAGUUUAUCUGUGAACAGUGUGGGAAGUGCAAGUGUGGGGAGUGCACGGCCCCAAGGGCUCUCCCCUCCUGCCUGGCCUGCAACCGGCAGUGCUUGUGCUCUGCGGAGAGCAUGGUGGAGUAUGGCACCUGCAUGUGUUUGGUCAAAGGGAUCUUCUACCACUGUUCCAACGACGAUGAAGGGGACUCUUAUGCGGAUAAUCCCUGCUCUUGUUCCCAGUCACACUGCUGUUCUAGGUACCUGUGCAUGGGAGUGAUGUCCUUGUUCCUGCCUUGCUUGCUCUGCUACCCUCCAGCAAAAGGAUGCCUAAAACUCUGUCGAGGGUGUUACGACCGCGUCAAUCGUCCAGGUUGCCGAUGCAAGAACUCCAACACAGUCUAUUGUAAACUGGAGAGCUGCCCCUCCCGGGGUCAGGGCAAGCCCUCAUGAUUUUUGGAGGGAGGGUUACUUCCUCCAACUGCAGUUUUUCAGGUUGUAGCUGAUUUUUCUUUUUUUUUUCUUUUUUUUUUUUUCUCUCUCCCUCAUUGUGGGGGAGCUGUUCCUUCACUUUCUGUCUCCUCAACUUCAAAUACUCAAGCUCUUCCCUUUGCAUCUUUUCUCCCCUCUUCCUCUUGACUUGCCUGAGCUUGGAGCGUUAUAUGUAGUCAUUGCUGCUCGUUGGUAAAUGUGGACCUGGUACCUGCAUCUGCCACUUACUUGGGCAGGGGCUUUUGAGUUUGUAAUAGAACCACUCCUGAAAGAGACAGUGAGGGCUGACUGGGCUCUGGAAGCUUCUUGCUCUGUGAAUAUCUUCCCAAAGAUGUUUUUCAUUCUCAGCAAUUUAAUUUUUUUUCCCCUUAACCCCUUGAAUACAAAGGAAGAAUAAUUUUUAUGAGUGAGCUGGAUUGUGAAAUAAUGUUUCCUGUGUGUUUUUUCUGGAGAGGGUUGUAAAAUAAAGCCUUUACCAAAUGAAAGGCCUGACUCUUCUAUAAGCAGCCUGCUUUCUUUUUCUUUUUUUUUUUUUUCCCCUUUUCUCCCUCCUCUCUUUUUGUCUUAACUCGUGGAGCAUUCUCAGUCAUGAGAGUUGCCCUGCCUCUUUUUUUUUUUCUUUUACAUUUUCAAUAUAACUUCAGUUUUUGCUACACUAUGUAGAUCUUCACAUUGGAGACAUUAUGGCUGUGACAUGCUCAUUUGUUUCUUUUGCUGUCAAACCUUUGAAGGAUGUUGCUCACUCCACCCUCCUCCUCCUGUUUUUAUAGCCUAUCAGUAUCAGUUGAUAUUACAGUUGGUGGUGUUCAUAUAUCCAAACAGCCUUCAGGUGUCAUUGAGUCACCUAAAUGUUCUUGAAUCCUUAAGGUUUCUUGUGAUCUUCUGGUUUAGUGAAUUUAGCUCUGCUCUAUACUUUAUAAUUUUAUUCUGUCCCUGUUUUAUUGCCUUAGCCACAAAUUGUGGUCCUUUUUUGUAUAUUUUAUGUAUAAAACACAAAGUUGAAUCCCAACUAUUUUU